AUGCUCAGCUCUUCGGGGUCCAAUCGUUUCGCGCGCUCUGUAGAGGCGGAUUUUUCGCGGUCAGGGCUGAGUGUCGAGGGAGACGAGGCCAUCUCCUUCUGCCUGCUGACCAUCAUCACCUCUCCUUUCCUCAAGACAGUUGAUAUCAUCCAAAAUGCGUUGCGAGAUCGUGGAACGAUCGGUUUGACGUGGCUGCUUGGCAGAACACAAUGUCGUCCUGCAGUCUUUCCAUGCCGAUCCGACCUCUGGUAUUUAGGGGAUGAGGUGCCCGCUGCCAAGAAGACCGGAUCCGCCAAGAAGCCCGCCGCCGCCCCCUACUCCAAGGGCAAGGCCACCAAGGCUCCCAAGAACCCUCUCUUCGAGAAGCGCCCCCGUAACUUCGGUAUUGGCCAGGACAUCCAGCCCCCUCGUGACCUCUCGCGCUUCGUCAAGUGGCCCGAGUAUGUCCGCCUCCAGCGCCAGAAGGUUAUCCUUAACCAGCGCUUGAAGGUGCCCCCCGCGAUCGCCCAGUUCGCCAACACCCUUGACAAGAACACCGCCACCAACCUCUUCAAGCUGCUCAACAAGUACCGCCCCGAGUCCAAGCAGGAGAAGAAGGGUCGUCUCGAUGCCGCUGCCAAGGACAUCGCCGACGGCAAGAAGGCCGACGCCAAGGCUGACGGCAAGAAGCCCCUCUUCGUCAAGUACGGUCUCAACCACUGUGUUGCCCUGAUCGAGGCCAAGAAGGCUGCUCUCGUCGUCAUCGCCGCUGACGUCGACCCCAUCGAGCUCGUCGUCUUCCUCCCCGCCCUCUGCCGCAAGAUGGGUAUCCCUUACGUCAUUGUCAAGUCCAAGGCCUCGAUCGGUGCUCUUGUUCACAAGAAGACCGCCGCCGUUGCCCUCAUCCAGGAGGUCCGAUCCGAGGACGAGCGUGAGCUCGCCAACCUCGUCUCGGCCGCCAAGGCCAACUACCUCGACAAGGCUGAGGAGAUCCGCCGCCACUGGGGUGGUGGACACCUCUCGCAGCGAUCCAACCACAAGCUCGCCAAGCGCGCCAAGAUCGCCGCUCUCCAGCCCAAGCCUGUCGCUGUGGCCGCUCCGGCUGCCGCUGCUGAGGACGACGACGAGUAA